AUGCCCUAUUUUGGAGAAACCCCGUUGGUCUUCUUCCGUGUCCAAGAUGAUGGCCCUCAAGCCCAGUAUUGCAAGCAUACUGGCAUACUCUCACGGAACCAGUCGCAUGCUAGCUUCGACCCUUGUCUUCCCGAGACGCAACAAUCGAUCCAAAAUCACCUUGAUUGGGCAAGCAGGGAGCCCUCUGCGUUCAUCUCUCACGAAGACGUGGUCAUCAUGGAGAUCGACAUUCGAGAAGGGCACGAGAUGGCUCAGUACCGGAACAUCAGACGUUUGGCUCAUAGAUGCGGUAUCUGGGCGCCUCAGAGAGCUUGGAACAACAGCAAACACGAAUGGCUAUUCCUACACCGAGUCCCUGAAUAUAUGAUAGUUAGGUAUUGUACUGUUAUCUAA